CACUAUCUUUACAAAACCCAAGCAUUUCCCAAUCUCUCCUCCUCAUUUCUACCACUAACCACUAACAUCAAUCCACUACUUCACCCACUCACUCACAUCCAUUUCCAAAAUGACCGCCAUCGACGAAACUCCCCUUAGCGCCUUCCCCCACGAGCGCCGCAACUCCCUGGAGAAACACCUCCAGACGCGCCCAGACAUGCAGGACCUGAAGAACCGCCAUAUCCUACUGAACACCAACGUGGCACCAUCUCUCCAGUCCGCCCAGCAGGAACUGGAUCGCCAGCGCGCUACGGACAGUUUAAAGAAGAACCUGGAGAAGAGACCUGAGCGGGAUGAGCUGGUGGAGCGUAAUAUCCUCCCCGCAUCCACCGCCGCACCGGCCCUACAGGCUCACGCCCGUGAACUCGAGCGCCAUAUGUUGGCCGAUAACCUGGAGCACAAGAUUCAGAAUCGUCCUGAGCCCGAGUCGCUCAUUACUCAGGGUAUUCUGACGGAGGAUGAGGAUCCGCGCUCGGCGUGAUUGUGAUUGUGUUUCAGGAUGCGUUUCAAGGGUUGUCCGGUUGGGUGACUUGACUUGGAACUCCUGCGGACUGGACACGGAUACGGACGACGAUAAUGGAUGAUACGGAUGGCAUUUUCUUCUUCUUUUUCUUUUAUCGUUCUUUGGGUAUCUUUUUCCGUUCUGCUUUGCAGGAUGUGUUUCUCCGCAGCUUGCUGCUCGGGUGGUGAUGUCACCGUGACGCUUCUGUCGAUAGCGGCUCCCCACAUAUUCAACCUUUAUUUCAUUAUCGUUUCUUCCCCGGAUUUUGAUAAUGAUGUUGUUGUAGUGGC